CGCGGGAGGCUGUGGACCUUGGAGGCUGCGGAUGCCCUCCGGCUCGGCGUCCUCCGUCGGCCUCAGCUUCCAGCCCGACCGGCCGGCCGGAGGUGGACCAGGAGUCCAGCUGAAUAAGGUCCAGUACCCCAUCUUCGCCCCUGUGUGACCUUUAGCAACUCAUGACUCUGAGUCCCAGUUUCUUCAUGGAAAAUGACAGAGAUUAGGAAGUGGCUGCCUGGACUAUUUUCCAAAGGAUAAACUUUACAAAAGUAUUGAAUACAGCAGCUCACCGAGAAGAUCCUACUGGUUUGGGGGGAACACAACUUCCAGCAGCCACGUGGGAUGCUAUUCGGGUGCCAUCUGAAACGAGCUCGUCCCCAGAAGGUCUCAUGCAGGUUCUGUGCAGUGAUGGGGAAACUGCAGAGCAAACUCAAAUACAGCAAUUAUAAAUACAGCAGGCCCGAUGGAUUUAGAGACGAGAGAACUCAAACUAAAGCUUUUCAAGAGUAUAGCCCAGCCCACGUGGAUACCGUCUCUGUUGUUGCUGCUCUGAACUCAGACCUCUGUGUCUCCGGAGGAAAAGAUAAGACAGUUGUGGCCUAUAACUGGAGAACUGGAAAUGUGGUGAAAAGGUUGAAAGGACAUGAGCGUGAAAUCACAAAGAUAGCUUGUAUUUACAAAUCAGGCCAGUUCUUCAGUGCCUCUCGCGACAAGAUGGUCAUGAUGUGGGACUUGCAAGGCUCCUCGCAACCAAGGCAGCAGUUCUCCGGCCACAGCAUGGUGGUCACUGGAUUGGCUGUGAGUCCAGACACAUCACAGCUAUGCACUGGCUCUCGUGACAACACCCUCCUUCUGUGGGAUGUGGGGACCGGACAGUGUGCGGAGAGAGCAUCAGUCUCCAGGAACCUGGUCACUCACCUGUGCUGGGUCCCCAGAGAACCUUAUAUACUCCAGACCUCUGAAGAUAAAACCAUCAGAUUAUGGGACAGUCGGGGGCUGCAGGUAGCUCAUGUAUUUCCCGCAAAGCAGCACAUCCAGACCUACUGCGAGGUCAGUGAGGAUGGACACAAGUGUAUCUCCUGCAGCAGCGGCUUUGGAGGCGAAGGCUGUGAAGCCACGUUGUGGGACCUAAGGCAGACGCAGAACAGAAUCUGUGAGUACAAGGGGCACUUCCAGACUGUAGCAUCCUGUGUCUUUCUACCAAGAGCAUUAGCCUUGAUGCCUAUGAUUGCUACCUCAUCGCAUGACUGCAAGGUGAAGAUCUGGAACCAAGACAGCGGAGGGAGCUAG